GGAACAAAGCGAACGGGACUGGACUCCAGGCUAAUCUAAAGAUACGUAGUGUGGACUUUGAAUGACCCGGUUAGCCAUUAACUAGGCAGUACUGCAAUAUCAACGUUACAUUGUAGGUAUAAUUUAGACCGGUGGUGACCAUGCUGACCAGGAGUGCAAGUUUGCUAACCCGCUGCCGACCUCUCGUCACCAGGGUGGGGAGAAGGUGCCAGGGGACCGCCUCUACAGCACAAGGAACAGACGAAGACAUUUUGAGAAAUGCCCAGAAGCAAAACCAGCAAACCAGAAUGGACCUGGCGACCUCCUACCGAGCCAUGGAGUACUACAACCUGCACAUGGGCGUGUGUAACCACCUGACAGCCCUGUGUCCAGCUGCAAAUGGGGAGGGAACGGUCAUGCUACUGGUGCCGCAUGGAACCCACUGGAGCCAGGUGACAGCGAGCUGUCUGGUGGGCGUGAAUGAGAAGGGUGAGGUUGUGGAAGGGACAGGCAAAGCUGAGACAAGUGCUGCUGAGAUUCACCUGGCUGUCUAUGAUGCCAGAGAUGAUGUCAGAUCUGUCAUGCAUACCCAUGCUCCUUAUGCAACAGCUCUUGGAACACUAGAGGAUUGCACCCUCCGUAUGAUCCAGCAGGAGUCGGUGCGCUUCUACAACAACAUCGCGUACGACACGGAGUACGACGGGUUUGCCACCUCCGGAGAGGAGGGGCCGCGCCUCGCCUCCAAGCUGGGAAACAUGACUGCCCUGAUGAUGUGUAACCAUGGCGUGCUUACCGUGGGACAGUCAGUGGCACUGGCUUUUGACUACAUGUACUACCUGGAGAGGGUUGCCAUGUAUCAGAUGAUGGCUAUGCAGACUGGCCGCAAGCUGAGAGAGAUCCAGCCACAUGUUGUGACCAAGUGGGUGGAGGAGGCUGUCCAGUACAUCGUUCCCUACGCCGAGUUACACCUGCAGAGCUUCAAAGACAUCAUGGCAAAGAAGUCUCCAGAAGCUCUGCAGUAAUUAUAAGUUUGCUUGGGAGAUUCUUGUAUGCAGAGUGUAGCCCACAGCCCAUACAGUGUAUUUGGGGAAGGGGGGGAGGCUCUGAUAAACCAGGCUGUGCGUGGGACAAUGGUGUGGGAAGGACUCGGCAAAUUGCCUGUUCUCUACAUACA